CGAGCGUCCGCGGAGAAAGUCCGUGGACGACUCGCCACAGCAGAGAGGAAGGAAGGAAGAGUCACGUCAAUGACGCCGAAGCUUUUUGUUUUGAAACGACGACGACAUCAACAACAACAUGUCGCUCCAGCAGCCGGCAGAGGACGCGGCUUUCUUCGUGGGCGCCGCCCCCGAGCAAGAGCAGCAGCAGCAGCAGCAGCAGCAGCAGCAGCAGCAGCAGCAGCAACUCGUCCUGCGGAAAGCCAACGCGUUCGCCUCGGAGGACUCGCUCAAGGAGGCCAUUUACUGGUUCUCGGUGGCCUUGCGCUGCGGGCCCGUCAGACCCGAACAGCUGAGCACUUUUGUGGACUGUAUAGUGCGGAAGCUCAAGAUAAAGGCCGCCUCCGGUUCGGACUCGCCGUCGGAGCAGGGCCAGCAGGGCCGGCAGGGCCAGCAAGUGUUCGACUGCCCCAAUUGCCAGAGCUUCUUGGGGGAGCCCGUGACGCUGGCGUGCGGACACUCCUUCUGUAAGAGGUGCGUGACACGGCGGCUGCUCUCCCGCUGCAAGGUGUGCCACGAAGCGGUGGUGAGAGGGGACGGCAAGCCCAACGUGAUUCUGGGCGGACUCCUGGCCAAAUGCUUCCCCGGCGAGGCGAAACGCUCCAAAAGACGCGGCCAAGUGGACCAACUGUGCGCGCGCAAACGCUACCGAGACGCCGUCAAGCAAGCGAGCGACUUGAUCCGAGCAGAGCCGGAAACGACAGAGGAGGUGCGACUCUCGCGGGCAGAGGCGUACACGUCCCUGAAGCGGUUCGAUCUGGCUUUGGAGGACAUCGAGUUUUGUCUCGCGUCCGGCUGUUCUGCUGAGGCUUUGUUUCAGAAAGCCACGGUGCUGCGUGAGACGGGCCGAGCGGACGAGUCUCUCCGGGUCUUCCUCAAGUGCCUCGCCGUGGACCAAGACUUCCCCUGCGCAAAGACGCAAGUAGAAAAGAUUCUUUGUGACCUGCUCUCUUCGGCCAAUGACGACGUCAAGGUCGGCCCGAGGGAAACGGCGCAGAACACGUCGCCCCUCUCGCGCGACAAAAGCCUCGCGGCCGGCGACCGAGUCGGGUCGCGCGGUCCGGUCCGAGGACGAAGCCGACGGCGGGUCUGCGCCGCGUCGACGCACCGGCGAACGGACGAGCGGGAGAAACGCCGCGAGAGUCUCGAGCGUCCCGGUCCGAGUCGAGCUCGUUCCCUGCGACGUCACGGCCGCGGCGAGCGGGCUCUGAAGAGGGUUCGCUCCGCCCCCCUGCUCGGGGAACGGGAGGAGACCAGCCUGCUAAAGAGGAAGUUGUCCGUGUCGGACACUGAGCCUUGCGUCGUGGCCGGCGGUAGUAGCAAGUAUAAAAAACAAGGUGUGAAAACCUCCCGAAAAACUGUAGCCAAAGCCAAAAUGUAUCCGAGCGUUGUCGAGGACCUCAUUGACGCCAACGACCUCGAGUGCUCUCUCUGCCUGAGGUUGUUCUACGAGCCUGCGACGACGCCGUGCGGCCACACCUUCUGCAAAAGCUGUCUGCAACGCUCUUUGGACCACACGGCGCAUUGCCCCCUGUGCAAGGAGAGCCUGAAAGAGUAUCUCGCGUGUCGGAAGUACACUGUGACAAGCGUGCUGGAUGCGCUGAUCAAACAGUAUUUGCGUCGGGAGUAUGAGGAGAGGUCCAAAACCCACGUGGAGGAGACCAGAGAACUUUCCGACUUGACGAAGAACGUGCCCAUCUUCGUGUGUACCAUGGCCUACCCCACCGUGCCUUGCCCGCUGCACGUGUUCGAGCCGCGUUACCGCCUCAUGAUCCGCCGCUGCAUGGACACGGGCACGCGGCAGUUCGGGAUGUGCAUUAACCAUCCCCACAAAGGGUUUGUAGACUACGGAUGUAUGCUGAUCAUCCGGAGCGUCCACUUCCUGCCCGACGGUCGAUCCGUGGUGGACACCGUCGGAGGGAAGCGCUUCCGGGUCCUGUCCCGAGGAAUGAAGGACGGUUACAGCGUUGCCGACAUUGUCCAUUUGGAAGACGCUCGGGUGGAGGACGGAGAAGAACUGGAGAGCCUCCAAGAGCUCCACGACGCCGUGUACGAUCAGGCCCGGGUCUGGUUCCAGAACCUCAAGGUCCGCUUCCACAACCAGAUCCUGCAGCACUUUGGACCGAUGCCCGAGCGAGAAGCUGACAUCCAGGCGACUCCGAACGGUCCGGCGUGCUGCUGGUGGCUCCUGGCCGUGCUGCCCGUCGACCCGCGCUACCAGCUGUCCGUCCUCUCCGUGACCAGCCUCAAAGAGCGCCUGGCCAAGAUCCAGCACAUCCUCACCUAUCUGCAGAGCGUCCCCAGCGACUGAGCGCCUGCGCCGGCCGGGAACCCGCUGUGCUGAAAACCUUCUCGAACUUGCAGAGAUGUGGCCGGACCGCCUCAGGGAUUGUUCCGGUGUCGCGCUUUCUUUUGUCUGCCGUCUCAAACGCGAAUCCUCCAGAAGGGAGGACGUGGCUUUCGCCCUUCCCGAAUUUGGAACUUCCCAUUGAGAUGGCUUACGCGUUCCGUCCCGCCUCUCGAAAGCGGGACGGAAGGAAGGCGGAAUGCCGUCAAAUCCGGAAUGCCGCAUCACCCCAGCGCAACCGAGUCCACGUUAUCCGGGCUGCCCCGUUGUACGCGUUCACGUGCGCGCAACUUCCGCCGCGUCCCGCGCUUCCCGUUGACAUCGCGUGUGUCGCUUCCAUGUGCUCGUGCUCAGAAACGCUCACCGCCCCGAAUUGUCGCCGUCCUCCGUGCGCGUGUCAAAAUGUUCCCCCGCAGGGGACGCUUCACUACUGAGAACGGGAGCUGCCUCCGCAUCUUACGGCGACGGCGAGCGGCCCGACCGCGACGCCGCAAAGAAAUGAAAGAAAUACACCCGCCGUGAAUAUGUUUGGAAACCCCCCAAAUUCUUGGAUAAGAAGCAUUUUGCACGAAAAACAGAGGUCGGUCUCACCCCCCCCCAAAAGCUUUCGCAAAUAAGUGCAGAUAAUAAUCUUGCGCGGCUCCUCCCGCUCAAUUCAGACUAUAUAUUUAUACAUUCUGAUGUUAUCUUCGUGUCGACAUUUGAAAUAGGGGAUAUUGCAAUAUUUAGUAAUUGAACGAGUGGACCGAAUAGCCAUCUAUAGGGCAAAUAUUUCAAAUGAUUUUUCAGUGCUCUCUGCUCGGAGGGGAGAAACUGAAACCUUCGGCGGCGUGGCUCCAAGUUACGCGAUUCUCGGUUUGCCGUCAUGAUAUGAAGAAUCGUGUUGUGAUUGUAUUUUGUCUCUGGCAUCAUUUGGAAAGAUGCAGUUCAUGGCUGUUUUUGUUUCCAAAAAAAAAAAAAAAAAGCUUUUUGCUCCCUUUUAAAUGAUUUUUUAAUUAAAAAAAUGCAAUUUUGGCA